AUGAGGAAUGGGGACAAAUACGGUUCUUUGCCGGUAACUUACUUGAAGAUGAGAAGUUUAUAUAUUGUUUUCCUGAUUUUGGGAAUCUAUUGCUUGAGUCUUAUCAUUCACCAAUUGAAAAAAGGACAGCUUACUUUCGAGAAAAAGAGAGAGAGCUUCCUUCAGCUUCCCGAAAUAGACUGUAGACAAAAUCCUCCCUUCCUUGUCCUGCUGGUGACUUCUUCUCACAGUCAGGUGACAGCUCGGAAGGCCAUCAGGCAAACAUGGGGGGCAGAAAAGGUUGUAAAAGGAAAACGAAUAAAAACCUUCUUUCUUCUGGGAACAACAACAAAACAGAAUGAAACAGCAGUAGUGGUCCAGGAAAGCAUGCAAUAUCAGGACAUCAUCCAGAAGGACUUUGUGGAUGUCUAUUUCAAUUUGACUCUGAAGACCAUGAUGGGCAUGGAAUGGGUCCACCGCUUCUGCCCUCAAUCCACCUUUGUGAUGAAGACAGAUUCAGACAUGUUUGUAAACAUUUACUAUCUGACUGAACUGCUUCUAAAGAAAAACAGAACAACUAGGUUUUUCACUGGGUUUUCAAAAACAAGUAGAUACCCAAUUAGGUAUCCCAGUAAGUGGUUUGUCAGCAACGAGGAGUAUCCAUGGGCCCUGUACCCACCUUAUUGCUCAGGCACAGGCUAUGUUUUCUCCAGUGAUGUUGCCAGUCGAGUGUAUAGUAUUUCAAAAAGUGUCCACUUUAUUAAGUUAGAAGAUGUGUUUGUGGGACUUUGCCUCAAGAAACUUAACAUCAAGAUAGAGGAACUUCACUCAGAGCAAACCUUUUUCCUUGAACGGUUACCCUUCUCCCCAUGUCGGUUUAGGAAAAUUGUGACGAGUCAUUAUAUGAAGCCUACAGACAUCUUGUCAUAUUGGUAUGCUCUGGAGAGUUCUCUGGAGAAAAAGUGCCCAGAUAGCUCAAGGUCAACCACAACUCAGCAGGGAAAAUAG